GACUACCACUGACUCUCACCGGACACUCUCUCACCAAGAGGUGGUAAACAAUGGCGGCAGCAGCGGCUUCUCCCUGGCCUUAUGACAGCCUCACCCAGGCUCCCACCAACCUGAAGGAGGCCAUUGACUGGGUCCUGAGGGUUACUGGUAGGGAUGGUAAACAAAAUGUGGCAAAGAAGCCGCCAAGCACAGAUAAUCCUCCCCACUGCCUGUGCUACUUGGCCAAGGCAACGAAGGACCUACUGUAUGAUGCCAGGUCCCCGGGGUCCCCUGGUCCCAGCCCUAAGAGGUACUGGGACGGCAUACUCCUACAAGAGGAAAGUGCCAUAGUCAAGCCAGUGCUCACUGAUCUGGGACUGGUCUAUAGUGACAGCACUGGUGCUGCCAGUAGUACUUGUGCUGGUGGUACCGAGGUCAUAAAGGCACUGAUAGACCAGUUGGCACUGGGACUACAGAAGUGGGUUGGGUGGCAGGAAAAAGGAGAUGAGUGUUGUCUUAAGGGGGAGAAUGGGAUAGGAAAGAAGUGUGAUUGUCCUAAUGGUGGUGGUGGUACCUGUUGUACCGGUAGUGGUACUAGUAGUACUCCUUGUCAUCAGUGUAGCCAGUGUGGUACCACUAGUGCUUCUAAAAAAUGCUACCUCUCGGCCUAUUGCAAAACAAAGAGUUCUUCCAGUAGUGGCACUACAGAACACUUCCUUUGGACCUCCAUAUCCAGUGACUCCACUAAGGUCCACCUCCUGGCCCGUAUUUUCCUAGGGUCAGUAUGUCUCAUCUGGAGUGGACUCAGUCAGUUGGGGUUCCUAACGGGAAAGGGGAGUAGUAGAUGGGAGAACAGUAGUUUGCACUCAUUAGAGGCUGGUGACAAUAAGGGUCUCGGCUCAUUCAUGGCGGCCAUGGGCUACGACCUGGAGAGGUUGAAUGGGAGUGGUACUGUACCAGGUAAUAAGAAUGGAGAGUUUGUGCACGACUUGUUGACGGAUAAGAGUAAGGGAGUACCGUGGAAAGAAUUCCAGGGAGACAGUACUUCUAAGGAGAGUGUAGCUGAGUACUACAGCAGUAUUUAUAGUGGAGCACUGGGUGCUGCCAAAGGCAGUACUGAAGACAUCUGUACUAAGUACCCCCUAUUGGUACUCCACAUCCUUGCCAGUGGGUACUUCAGGGCAGGUAGUGCCGGGGCUAAGGGUAUCACCCCGAAGGCAGGAAGUAGUACUGCCAAGGAUACUACUAACAAGGACACUCCUUCUCCUAGGAAACCACGCACUAUCCGGGAAAUCCUAUACUGGCUAAGUGCAUUGCCCUAUAGUCAGGGGUACAAGGACUUGGUAGAUAGGAUGGGAGGAAAAUUCCCUGAGGAUGAGCAAAAGAAGGGUGAAUUAAAGCUCCACGGUGAAUCUAAUGCCAGUACCACUCUCAAGAGGGACUGUAUUACCCACUACCUACUGGCCGCCUGUGGCUACUGCCCAUUGGUACUCAUCGGUAUCCAGGGGACCAUAGAAAAAGAGGUAGACAAGGCGCAGCCGCAGCCGGCACAAGCACCAGGUAGUGCUCCAGCUGCUGCGGAGAAGAACAGGUGUCCCGAACACAGUAAAGACCCUAAAUCUAAGAGGUGUACCCUUGAGGAGAUAAAGAAAAAGAAAGAAGAAGCAGCCAAGGCAAAAGCUGCCCAGGUACAGCUGCAGCAGCAACAACAGCAACAGCAACAGGCGGUUGCCAAUGAACUCACGGAAGGCCAAGUCUGCUACGGCGGGUACCACCUGGAUGUCUCCCAGUUUGGCCCCCUCCAUGGGAUGUACGCCAAUGGGCUCUUUGGCUUCCAGAUGGACCUUUCGGCCGCCCAGUGCCUGGACCAACUGAGGGUAUAUGUCUACCACUGCUUCUACCAGCUCUAUUUCCUGAGGAAGCAAUGCACGGUGGGAGUGGCAGGAGACAAGAAGGCUGUGCUGGGCUGGCAGAGUUGUAGGUAUGGUAAUGGAGUCUAUUGGGGGAGUGGAGCAAGUAAUUCAUAUUCUUGGUUAUGUAAAGCGGAAGGUGCUAGUGGCGAUGACCAUACCAAGAAGUGUGGAUUACAGAGUGGUGCUGGUGGUCAAAAGCAUUCUCCUCUUAUGUGCUUCUUAUGUGAUGGACUUGGUAAUAUUGCUUGUCCACGGACAGUAGGAAGGGGCAACAUAGAUGAAUAUCCAUCUAUCGAGGAUCACAUGAAUACCAAGUAUGAUUUCCCUCCGGGUCAUUUGAAAAUGCCACAAGGACACUGUCCCGUCCCAAUGGGAUGGAGCACUGAUGGGAGGAACACUACCGGUGAGACUCACUUCAAAGAUUUAACCCAGGGUACCCAUAAGACAGAGAAUCUGUCACCACCGGCACAAGGCACUAACAACAAGUAUCCUGCCCACUGCACUGGCAGGACACUGUCACUACUCCUGGAGUACUACUGUGACCCAGAGAAGUGCCAUGGCACCCUAGUGGUACUACUGAGACUACUGGCAUGUAUCACUCCCACGGUGCCACGGACUCUGGGUGACCUCUUUGGGUUCUAUUACUAUAUAGUCUACAUUGGGGGAAACAGUAGUGGUGGUGGUGGACAACAGGGAGUGUAUAUGAAGCUAGAAAAGGAACUAAGGGACGUUAGGUUGAGCAUGCUGGGUGGUGGUCCUGAUGGAGUGGUCAAAGCACUCGAGAAGUGGAAAAAUGGUGGAGAUUGCAGUACCACGAACGACACCCUUAAGUGUCUAGUAGACUGCACUACUGGUACUGGCGCCAAAUACCUCUCUCCUCUGAGUGGCCAGCAGUAUGGCCAGUUGAGUCCCUUGAUGGCUGGGACCUACCUGUCAUGGUUGGUCUAUUUGAUAGAGGGGUUCAGGACAGGACUAGAGGGGUUGAAGGAUGAUUAUAUGAAGGUGGAUUGUAAGGGUGAUGGAUGUACGGGUAAGGCAGGAGCUGUUGGAUGUGGAGAGUCGUGUAAAGCAGGAAGUCACGGUAUGCCAUGCAGUGGUGGUGGUAGUAACGGAGUCUGUCAGUGUACCUCUGUCGUAUCAUGUACCGGGGUACUGCCGGUGUUGUACAAGUAUGGCUUUGGGUAUGGUAAUGUAACGGAGUUGCACAGCACCAAGGGUACACAUAAGAAGUGUCACAACUUCCUGGGAACACUAGAGAGUGUCCUCAAGGGUGAACACCUCAAGAAAGACUCUAAUACAGGACUCCACCAUGAAAUCAACCAGCUCAUCUACACCACCAGGCUCCCCUGGAUCUUUGUCCUCACGCUAGCCUGGCUAGUAGCGGUACUCUACCUUGCCUUUGGUGCCAUAUGGCCACUGGACUGGACACAUAUGAGGUCACAUUGUAGGGGAUGGUUCAGGAAGGGUAGUCUGAGUCCAUGGGAGAUCUUGAUGGUGGGAAAGAAGAAGGGAAGGGGGAUACUGGAGUUUUUUGGUAAGACAUAGUGGCAAAGUAGUGGCGCCUUCGGCGCGAUA